AUGUCGGGGUUGUCAGGAUGGAAGAGCACCUUGGAGUUAGAACCCACGCAAAACAAGGUUGCUGCUCUUCUAAUCCAAAAAAAGAUCAAACGGCGGAGGAACUUGCAACGUCCUGUGGGGAAGCGGGGAGACUUUGGGAAACGGAUGAGCAGUCGAAUAGGAGAUGCGCCAAACCUCAUGUCCGUGGUGACCGCCAAGUCCUCCAUCAAACAGAGAGCAGUGAAAGAAGCGGGUGAACGAGAUCGCAAAAAUACGAAAAAGAAACUAGCAGGACGAAGGAAAAUUGUCAAACGACAUCCAAUCAAACAACGAGACAAUCAAUGGACGAAGGCAUUGACUGGCCAACAUGUCAACUCUGUUUCCAAAAAGGUUGCAGCCAAACCCACAAAGCGUCGCUCGGCAUCUCCACGCAAACCAAGCAGCAUAAAGUCGAUGUCUAGCAGCAAUUCCUGGACCAAACCAACAUCUGGCCAUUCCACUGGCGAUGAUUCUACAAUUAAUAAUACAAAGAAAAGAGGCACCAAAAAGAAGAAAAAGAAACUUCCCAAAGUUAAAACCAUUCCGACCUUGGCUUCUCAAAUAUCCGAUGAGAAGGCCAAAGAAAAGGAAACCCAAUCGCCCAAGGACGAAUACGCAAGUAUGGAUCAAUCUGGACAUCGAUCGAAUGACAACAAGUCUUAUACGCUGGACCAAUCCGGACAUUCCAAAGAAAGCUCUUUGAACGACAGUCAAAGUCUCCAAAAUAGCAAACAAAUUCUGUUGGAAUUUGAAUUACCGGACCAACAAGGAACUGGCCUGCAGCUAUCGGUGGACCUCGAGACUGUGGGAGACAUGUCGUCCAUCGAAUCUUGGCCGUCCAUUGAAUCCGAAGAUUCGUAUGAUACCCGCAUGAAUAAAAUGAUGCAACGAUGGAUGGAUCUGAAUGGCGAAUUUGAUGCCCCUCCAGAAGAAGAAGAAGAAGAAGAAAAGGCUUGCGAGGAGGCGGACGGUUUGGAGGAUAAUGUUCUGGAUCAUAUCGUUCUGGCAUCUCCCAAUAUGGCAGAAGCAUUGGACAAAUUUGAGGAAAUGUCGGGUGUACGACCAGUAAUCAUGGGACCAUUGGAGGGGCUGGGUGUCCAAACAGCACACGUGGGGAUGGACAAGGGUAGAUACAUUGAGAUCAUUGCUCCGGAUGACGAGAAUCCAGGACCUCUUGGUAAAGAACUCAAGGCUCUUCCAGCUGGAAGAUUGAUUCCAUAUCAAUACGCAAUCCGAGCGACGGAGAUUAGCAGAUUGAUUGAAGGGUAUGUCUACGAUGUCCUUGGGUGGGAUCCAGAUCAUAUCUGUAUGGCGCAGACGCUUCCAGACGGCACCCCUCGCCAAUGGGAUCUUCUCACCAUGUACGGUCACAAUAUUGGAGGCGCAGCGCCCAUUUAUGUAAAGUAUCCAGACCCAUCGGAGCAUCCGACAAGAAAACUGGAUCCUACCAUUACCUUCAAAAAGUUUACGGUCCAAGCCGACCAAGAUCAUCGCGUCCACAAGUUAAUCACGGAUGUGUCGGGAAUCGACAUUGAAUACGCACAGACUCCAGCACUGGAGUUUUCCUUUGAUACUCCAAAGGGUGGUCUAGCACUUUCUGCCAACUAUCCACCAGGUUUGGUCUUUCCAGGUUACAAUGCUGCGGAUUCCAAAAAGAGCAGCAAGGGCAAGAAGAAAUCCAGUACUACUACUAGAAAGUCUGUACUUCAAAGCAUUCCGUCAAAGUGA